AAUCCAACUCACAUUCAACACAUUGCACAAUGAACUAUCAACACUGUGUGUACCUUGGGGAACUUUCGGAAAUUUGUACUGAAAUUUCCCUGAGAAUGGAUGAACAAGCUGAGCAACAUCAACAUCAAGUGGUCUCUGAUUCACAGUUAGUAAUUCUGUAACUCUAAUUAAGCUUUUUAUGUGUUUCUUUCCAUCAUAAGAAAUAACUGACGUGGCAUAUAAAAUGAACCAGCUGGUGCACAAGGUUGUGGAGUGUAAAUUAUGCCUUUCCUCGCAACAGAGAAUGGAUGAACAAGCUAAACAACAUCAACACGUGGUCUCUGAUUUACAGAACCAGCUGGAAACUUUGAAAAUUGAGAAAUGUGUUGCAAACAGCAGGUCAGUGCACUCUGAAAGUCUCAAUGAUCCAUGCAGAGGAUCAGAGCUUGUCACCAUGUACAGAGAACUUAAAACUCAAAUCUGGGGAGAGACAAAAGAAAAGAUGACCAAGCUUAGAUUUGAACAAAAACAAAAAGAUAGGACUAAGGAAUUGAUAAAGGAAAUCUUUGAGAAAGGAAAAAAAGAUGUGCUUUUAAAGAGACAGGAGAAGGACAGAAUGUUAAAGCAGAUCAGUGGAAUUCCUAACACUGUUCAAGAGAAUAUUUCACCCUACAUCCAGUCUUCCAUGGACAAUCUGAAGAUGUUCUUCUUCCUGCAUUUCCAAGACAUCAAAAAUACCUCUGAUUUCAAAACGUUUGUCAAGGAGGAAUACCAAUGUCCCCAUGAGGUCCUCCAUGAGCUCUACGUCCACUGUUACUUUGUGAGCCGUUUGAUGGAACUUCACGACCCUCCCAUUGAACUCUGCUGGGACAGCCCUGGUGUCGAUGUAUUCCCUGAUCUAUUAGGAAUGAACGUGUCCCACUGAUGUAUAAUUAAGAGUGAUGCUUUCAGUUUUUAUUGACACAAUACGUGUCAGUUAUAAUAUGGUGUUUUAAAGAAGGUUUUAAAAACCAUGUCAAACUCC